AUGUCUAGAUCUCUGAGGUUAAGCCAUACAUUACUUCCGAUCAUCUCUGGUCCUUUGGGAAUCUGCAAAUCAAUCACAAAUGGUUUCCAGCUCAGACCGCCAGCAUACCUAUCACGCCCAUAUUUUGGAGAAAAAGUCUCGCGAAGAGCAUUUUGCAUAACUUCUCCACGUACCUACAAAACUGUCGAAGAGGCAAAAUCUCGGUACAGAUCAGGUCCGUUUUCAGCAACUGCGGGAGUGCUUUUUGUGCUGAGCGGCGUGGGAUUAAUUAUCUACUUCCGGCAUGAAAAGACUCGCAUGGAGCGGAAGAGGGUGGCUGAGGCGACGAAGGGGAUUGGGAAACCAAAGGUCGGCGGCAGUUUUGAGCUCGUGAACCAGGACGGCGAGGCGUGGAGCAGUGAAAAUAUGAAAGGGCGAUACUCGCUGGUCUACUUUGGCUUCUCGCACUGUCCUGAUAUCUGCCCCGAUGAGCUUGACAAGAUGGCGCGUAUGGUUGAUCUCGUCAAUGCCUCUCCCCUCCUGGCGGGCACAUCUGACGAUAGCGAGAACGCGCGUCUCAAGAAACUUCCGCCUCUCAUUCCCCUCUUCAUUACUUGCGAUCCUGCUCGUGAUACACCAGCUGUACUGAAGACCUAUCUAGCCGAAUUCCAUCCAGGAAUCAUUGGCCUCACGGGAACCUGGGAGCAGGUAAAGGACACCUGUAAAAAGUAUCGCGUAUACUUUAGCACGCCCGAAGGUGUUCAAAAAGGUCAAGACUAUCUCGUUGAUCACAGCAUCUAUUUUUACUUGAUGGAUCCUGAUGGAGAUUUCGUCGAGGCGAUCGGUCGCGAGUUUAGUCCACAGAGAGCAGCUGAUGUAAUUUUGGCACAUGUAGGCGACUGGGUCAGCGGGAAGCGAUAA